AGACAAAUCAACUUAAAGAAGAAAAAUAUUGUGAACUCAAUUUAACCAAUAACAAUAUUGAUGGUUGCUAAUGACUACGCGUGUAGUCGCGAUAUAAAAAGAAUUAAUUUUUAACAACCGUCAUGAAUAGAUUAUAGUUGAAAUUGUACCCACCAACUAGAAAAUAAUUUGAAAAUCAAUUUCAACAGUUACGGAAUUGUAGAAUUCGUAUAUGAAUAUUUAACCUAAAUCUAAAAGAAUGUCUGCUGAAAAAUUAUCCAGAAUUGAUUCAAUUGAUGACACUGAUAAAACUCGUAAAGGAUCACAUGAUACACCACAAACAGAUAGUCGACGUCCAUCAAUUAUUACUCAGUCAAGACGACAAAGUCGUUUUAGUUUUGCAUCACGUAGGUCAUUGUUUGGUGGACAUGGUUCACUUAUUGGAAUGUUACGUGGUGGAGUUAACAAAAACAUAAAAUAUGAGAAUACAUAUAGAAUACAACCGAAACCAAAUGAAAGAAUUAAACAGAAACAAUUACGAAAUUUAAUUCAAACAACAUUGGAUCACACAUUGAAAGAUGUUAUCUAUGAACCGUUACAAGCACGUAUUUUAUCAAUGAAUUUAGCAAAUAUGUUAAGAAAAAAUGUACGUGAAUUAAAUACUCCAUCAAGGUAUAAAUUUGUUGUACAAGUUCAUAUUGGUUCACCGGAACGUAAUAGUAUAUUUAUUAGUAGUCAAUCUGUAUGGAAUGUUGAAAUGGGUGAUACUUAUGCAUCAGCCAUAUUUUCAAAUUCAAAAAUAUUUGCUGUUGGUAUUAUACAUGCUGUAUAUUUUGAAUAAUAAUUGUUGUCAUGACAGUUAGAGAAAUAUAUAUAUAUAUAUAUAUAUAUAUAUAUAUCAAGUGAUUAUUGAAUGACAUAUUUAUCAUUUUAUUUCAAUAUAAAUAUCUCGAUG